UUUGUACCGUGCAUGUGAUAUUCUGAAUCCUGUGCUGUGGCUCUACCACCUUACCAUUGUUUCUGGGGAUUUCUGACAUUUUACUAUCAUCCCCAUGGUAUUUGCUAAGUGGAGCCAACGUAGUAGCAGAACGUAGCAGAACAACCACGGUGGGUAGUACAGAGACUCAACAGAAGCUUUUGGUCUAGUAGAAUCUACACCGGCACCCGUCUCUACCAACCCGGUCCCCGUCCCGGCCCCCGUCGGCGUCGCCAACAUUGCUUGUCUAUCGGGCUGCUGGCCGCAGGUAUCUGUGGGCUGUGGCGGCAGCUUGCAUGGAAUUGAAUUUAAGGGCCUUAAUUUGGACUGGAGAGGACGUUCCUGGAGUGACUCAGUGAGGAAGGAAGCAAUGUUUUGAUUUACAAGUUGGGCCUGAGGUUUGUUAUUGACACGGAAUUCAGAACUGUAAAAGCCUAGCAGCGACAACAUUGAUAAGUCAACAAACAAUGCCAAGUUUAUAAUAAAAUAUAUGCCAAUGAUUGGGCAAUCUCCAUGAUGAACACAGAAUUAAGAACAGCCACAAAGUAGACUCUCUACAUGAUAUUUUAAAAAAUUCUGCCAUUUAUUGGCUCAUUUGGCUUGGCAGAAAUCAUACUUACUAGAUCUAGAUCUAAGUGGACAAUAAUGUUUCAUAUUGGAUGGAUAUUAGGAAGUUGUCUAUCAAACAGAGAUGAUACCACUCCCAGUCUAGGAUUGACAACAGAAAAACAUUGGGCCCCACUCUCGUCGACUUUGCAAUCUGAAUUGCAAAAAGAUAGUAAUGUAGCAUUGAUCAUCUUGAAUAGACCUAUCCAUGAUUUGCAGCCUCUCCUCAAAAGAGUAUGGGAUGGUGCCAUUAUAAGAGCAGCAGCCGAUGGUGGUACUAACCAUCUACUGGAAUGCAUGACAUCAAAAGACCACAGAUAUAUUCCUGAUGUAAUCUCUGGUGACUUUGAUUCUGUGAGGAAGGAAGUAGUCGAACUCUGCAAAGAAAAGGGGAGUGAUGUGAUCCAUACACCUGAUCAGAAUUACACUGAUUUCACUAAGUGUCUUAAUAUUGUUGUGAAUAUCAUCAAGCAAAAAUCAUUGAAAGUUGAUAGCAUUAUGGUGUUUGGAGCAUUUGGCGGUCGAUUAGAUCAAACUCUUGCCAACAUCAACACCCUUUUUAUAGCAUCAUCAAUUACAGACCUUCCUGUAUAUCUUCUGGGAGAUGGCUCUCUCUGUUGUCUACUACUUCCAGGGAGGCAUAGGAUUAAGGUAAACACUGGCCUUGAAGACAAAUGGUGUGGGCUCAUCCCAAUUGGUGCCGAGUGCAAGAGAGUUUCAACAACUGGUCUCAAAUGGAAUCUAGAAAACCAGUCAUUGAAGUUUGGAGGUAUGGUGAGCACAUCUAAUAGCUAUGCACCGGAUGCACAAGAAGUGACAGUGUCCACUGAACAGCCUUUACUCUGGACAAUGGGGAUUCAACCUUUGACCUCUGAGGGUCAUGCUUCUGAAGAUGAUCAUCCUGAUUCAUCAUCCAGUAGUCAUGGAGCACUGGAUUCCUCAAAGUAUUAGCAAUUUUCUUGCUGAAAAUUGUUUUAAGGGAAAAAAUGAAUAUACUUUCAGUAUUUUUUUUUAAGUCAACUUUUUGAAUAUAUCUUAAUGCCUCUACCCAUUGUAGGUGUUUGCCAUAGCUAAUUAUUCAUUGUUUUGUUCUUGUGAUAAGUGAAAGAAAAACUUUGACAUAUCAACUUUUGAUGAAACUCAGUUCACGCAUGCAUCUAGGGGUCACAAUUAUCUGAUUAUUUGAGAAUUGUCAAGAUCACAGGAAUUAUUACACGAAAUUUCUUUUUCUCAAGACAGACAGACAAUGGACUUUGGGCCUUGUACCUAUAGUCACAAUGAUCUGUUCAAAUUUUGAAGUAAAAAGGGUCAAGAAUGAAAAAAGCCUGUUUUUUCUCACAAUAUAAACUCAUGUAUAUACCUGUCUGAUAAUCUGAUCAUAUUUAGGUGGUCAAUUCGUAGAGGUAAAUUUGAAGAUGACCCCUUUCUCAAAAUAGAUCUAAUAAACAAAAAUAACAAAUCAAAUUUAAACUUGAUUUAUGUUUGUUUAUAUGAGAGUAGUGUUCUGAUAAAUUUUCAUGAAAGCAUUUGAAAAUGUUAGAAGCUGUAUUGAUGAGUCUGCCCCAAUUCAAAUAGGGACCACAGAAACCUGUGUCAAACCUGUUUGGCUUUUAAGCAAACCUUUACAUGGAAGAACUAAGUAUGCUUUGCAUAUUUUGAUAUAAUUUGCUUGAACUUCGGUGUUUUAUUAGACUUUAUGAAAGUCAACUUAUGCAGACUACUCUGUAUUUAGAUUGGACUAUUGCUGACGCAUGAAUAUUGACCUCAUGCUGUCAGGAAUCUACUUUGUUUCACUUUUAUUCGUGCAAUGAUGACAAUUGAUAUUUAUUAUGUGCAGGAAAGUCUGAAUAUGAUCGGAAUGGUUCAUGAAAGGACUCAUUGGAUGUUUUAUCCAAUAAAAUCUGCCUUAUCUGACAGUUACCAUAUUAACAGUCAAAAACUUGUGCUUCUCAUCCAAUGAAACCAAAGAAUAUUUUCUGACCCAACAAUUUGUCAGAUGAAAAAUGUUGAUUUAAUGUUCCCCAGGUGUGUGAUAUUUUUGCA